CCUGCCUUCAGCAACCCCAUCCGCUUCCCCUUCGGCUUCACCUGGCCCGGCACCUUCUCGCUUAUCAUUGAGGCUCUGCACACGGACUCGCCUGAUGACCUCACCACAGAAAACCCCGAGCGUCUCAUCAGCCGCCUGGCCACCCAACGGCACUUGGCGGUGGGCGAAGAGUGGUCCCAGGACCUGCACAGCAGCGGCCGCACUGACCUCAAGUACUCCUACCGCUUCGUGUGCGACGAGCACUACUACGGGGAGGGCUGCUCCGUCUUCUGCCGCCCCCGCGACGACGCCUUUGGGCACUUCACCUGCGGAGAGCGCGGCGAGAAGGUCUGCAACCCGGGGUGGAAAGGCCAGUACUGCACCGAGCCGAUCUGUUUGCCUGGGUGCGAUGAGCAGCACGGCUUCUGCGACAAACCUGGGGAGUGCAAAUGCAGAGUGGGUUGGCAGGGGCGAUACUGCGACGAGUGCAUCCGAUACCCGGGCUGCCUUUACGCCUGCGCCCAGCCGUGGCAGUGCAACUGCCAGGAGGGCUGGGGUGGCCUUUUCUGCAACCAAGACCUGAACUACUGCACCCACCACAAGCCCUGCAAGAACGGUGCCACGUGCACCAACACCGGCCAGGGGAGCUACACUUGCUCUUGCCGACCGGGGUACACAGGCUCCAACUGUGAGAUUGAAAUCAAUGAGUGCGACGCCAACCCUUGCAAGAACGGUGGAAGCUGCACUGAUCUCGAGAACAGCUAUUCUUGCACCUGCCCCCCGGGCUUCUACGGCAAAAACUGUGAGCUGAGCGCAAUGACUUGCGCCGACGGACCAUGCUUCAACGGUGGGCGAUGCACUGACAACCCUGACGGGGGGUACAGCUGCCGCUGCCCGCUGGGUUACUCCGGCUUCAACUGUGAAAAGAAAAUCGAUUACUGCAGCUCCAGCCCUUGCGCUAACGGAGCCCAGUGCGUCGACCUGGGGAACUCCUACAUAUGCCAGUGCCAGGCUGGCUUCACGGGGAGACACUGUGACGAUAACGUGGACGACUGCGCCUCCUUUCCCUGCGUCAACGGCUUUCUGCUCCCCGAGCCGCCUCAGGGACCGGUCAUCGUUGACUUCACUGAGAAGUACACGGAAGGCCAGAACGCCCAGUUCCCCUGGAUCGCCGUCUGCGCCGGGAUUAUUCUGGUCCUCAUGCUGUUGCUGGGUUGCGCCGCUGUGGUCGUCUGCGUCAGGCUCAGGGUGCAGAAGAGGCACCACCAGCCGGACGCCUGCCGGAGCGAGACCGAGACCAUGAACAACCUGGCGAACUGUCAGCGCGAGAAGGACAUUUCCAUAAGUGUCAUCGGUGCCACUCAGAUUAAAAACACAAAUAAGAAGGUAGACUUUCACAGCGACAACUCCGAUAAAAAUGGCUACAAAGCCAGAUACCCAUCAGUGGAUUACAAUUUGGUGCACGAACUCAAGAACGAGGACUCCGUUAAAGAGGAGCACAGCAAAUGUGAAGCCAAGUGUGAAACGUACGACGCGGAGGCGGAGGAGAAAAGUGCAGUACAACUCAAGAGUGAUACUUCUGAAAGAAAGCGACCGGAUUCAGUAUAUUCCGCUUCAAAGGACACGAAGUACCAGUCGGUGUAUGUCAUAUCAGAAGAGAAAGACGAGUGCAUCAUAGCAACUGAGGUGUAGACCAGAGGCGAGAUGGCAAGGUGCUUGUUCCGAACAAUUUCAGAGGAGACGUGCCCCGAUGAAUGCUGCUGAAAGAGGAAUGGGAGAUAGAUUCCUUCACUGACUGCUGCUGAGAAACUAAAUUCAGGCUUGAGCUGGUUCUCUACUGAAGUUAGCAAAGUGACUGCAAAAUAAAGAAACCAGAUGGACACCAGGCAAGGGUCUGUGUUCAAGGAUUACUGUUGCACUGCCUUUUACGAAUUUUAUCAUUGCACUAUGGUCAGUUGCUUUUCUAUAUAUAUUUAAAUGAAUGGACUUAAUUACUACAUAAGAAGCAUGCACUGCCUGAAGUGUAUAUUUUGGAUUCUUAUGAGCCAGUCUUUUCUUGAAUUAGAGACACAAACACUGCCUUUAUUGUCUUUUUUUGAUACUAAAAUGUGUUUUUACUAGGUGAGAAAAAGUGUGUUAUUUUUUUGAAUCUGUAAAAAUAUUUUCAUGAUAAUUGUAAAGCUUGAGUAUUUUGUGAUGUUCAUUUUUUUAUAAUUUAAAUUUUUUGGUAAAUAUGUACAAAGGCACUUCGGGUCUAUGUGACUAUAUUUUUUUGUAUAUAAAUGUAUUUAUGGAAUAUUGUGCAAAUGUUAUUUGAGUUUUUUUACCGUUUUGUUAAUGAAGAAAUUCAUUUUUAAAAUAUUUU